CGUAUCAGAAAUCUUAGAUGUGCUCAGGCUAUAAAUUCACUUCAUUCCUCAGCUAUAAUACAUGCCAAGCAAAAGAAAGAGAACAACCUAAACGCCGUUAUGAAGAAUUUUACUAGUUCUAUUCUUUUUCCCAUCUCACUUCUUUUUCUAUUGUCUUUCUCCUAUGUGAAUUCAGCCAAUCCUUCUGGUUUCAUCAAAUGUGUUACUAGGAAUUCGCAAGUCUCGAAAAUCUUAGCAAGCAAUGUCCUUGCUCCAUCCGAUUCUUCUUAUACAGCAACCUACGAAUUUUCGAUGCGAAACCCUCGUUUCAAUACAUCCGAGCGCCUUAAGCCCGCGGUGAUUGUGACGCCCGUGGCUGAUUCGCAAGUCCAAACGGUCGUCAACUGUGCCAAAACAUUCGACAUGCAGAUUCGGAUACGGAGCGGUGGACACGAUUUCGAGGGCCUUUCGUAUAGUAGCACGUACCAAAAUGUACCUUUCGUUUUGCUUGAUAUGAUUAAGCUGAAAUCGGUUACGGUGGAUGCUAAAGCUAAAACGGCUAUAGUUCAAGCUGGUGCAACGCUUGGUGAGGUUUACUACUGGAUUUAUCGAGCAAGUGGAACCCUAGCUUUCCCGGCUGGUGUUUGGUCUACGGUGGGAGCUACUGGACUCAUUUGUGGCGGAGGGUAUGGCCCGUUGAGGCGAAAAUAUGGGCUUGCGGCUGAUAAUGUUAUCGAUGCCCGAUUAGUAGAUGCCAAAGGGAGGAUUCUUGAUCGACAAGCAAUGGGAGAAGAUGUGUUUUGGGCUUUAAGAGGUGGCGGUUGUGCUAGCUUCGGGAUCGUUCUUUCUUGGACGCUAAACCUAGUGGAUGUACCCGAGAAAGUGACUACUUUUCUUAUUCAGCGAACUCUUGAGCAGAAUGCUACAAAGAUUAUUCAUCCAUUCCAAACUAUUGCACCGAAACUCCCGAAAGAAGUCGACAUUAGGGUUCGAAUAAGUACUAUCGAGAGUCCAACAACUGCUCGUGGAAAGACCGUGGAAUUAUCCUUCACAGGCUUAUACCUCGGUGCUCCUGAUGUGCUACUUAAAUUGAUACAAAAAAAGUUGCCUCAACUUAUUAUGGUGAAAGAAGACCUCAAGGAGCAUACGUGGAUAGAAGCUGUGAUGGAGUCUUCAUUCUUCAACAUGUUCGAAGACACUUAUUCUCCCGAGGAUUUGCUUGACAGAACUUUCUUGUUCGAUCUUCCCACAAAAGCAAAAUCAGAUUUCGUUAGAGAUCCGAUAUCCGAAGAAGGCCUAGAAGGGCUGUGGGAGAAGCUUCUAGAAGUGAAUCCAGCAGAAACCACGAUUAUUUUCACUCCCUACGGAGGAAGACUGAGCGAGAUAAAGGAAUCGGCUCUUCCAUUUCCGAACAGAGCAGGUACAUUGUACAUGGUGUACACCAGAGUACUUUGGGUCGGAGACACUACGAAGAAGUUGGAGUGGAUAAGGAGCUUAUAUAGUUACUUGACUCCUUAUGUAUCAAACAAUCCGAGACGAGCUUAUUCGAAUUACGAUGAUAUUGAUUUGGGAAUCAAUCCUGCGACAGGGCCUAUAACGCUUGCAGAUGCCAAGGUGUGGGGAAAAGCUUAUUACAAGAGCAAUUUCGACAGGUUGGUUCGAGUGAAAGGUAUGAUCGAUCCGGAUAAUUUUUUCAGGCACGAGCAGAGUAUUCCUCCUUUUCUGCCCAAGGCAGAUAUGUGAGAUGUCGCAUGGUUGUUUCCUUAUUACAAUGUUGUGUGCACAGGCUAAGCUUGCAGUACUUAGUUUCUGUGUUGUUUGUGUACCGAAUCUUGUUGUUAUACUAGAUGUAAUCUCCAUGUUCGAAGAAAUGAGCGUCGGGUAAUAAAUCCACAGGAGUGUGCUACCUUUGAUUUA